AUGCUGAUGGAGACCUCCGCCGCCCCGGCCGCGCCGGACACGGAGGCGACGCCGCUCAUCGAGCGGACGCGGCGGUCGUCGCGCCUCGGCCGCGUGCUCAUGGCCGGCGCCACGGCCGCCCUGGCCCUCGACGGGACGCGGCGCCUGCUGAGCGCGCCGGCGCCCGCCGCGCCGUCCCUCGCCGCCGCCGCGGAGACGCCGGCGGCGAGCAAGGCGCCGCACGUCGUCAUCGCCCUGCUCGACGACAUGGGCUACAACGACGCGCCCUGGACGAGCACGGACCUCGGCGCGGCCAUGCCGUUCGCGCGGCGGCUCGCGGCCGACGGCGUCGUGCUGUCCAACUACUACGCGGACCAGAGCUGCACGCCGUCGCGGGCGGCGCUGCUCACGGGCCGCCACGCCGUGGAGCUCGGCGUUUAUAGUACCGUCGUCUGGGACAGCGCCUGGGGCCUCGACGAGAACGCGAAGACGCUUCCCGCGUUGAUCGAGGACGCGCGGCCCGGCGCGUACCACAAGGCCUGCGUGGGCAAGUGGGACGUGGGCCACAGCACGGCGGCCUACCUGCCCCUCGCGCGGGGCUUCGACACGUUCACGGGCAUGCUCGGCGACAUGAUGACCGACUACUCGACGCACAUGGCGGAAUUCACGUCGAGCGGACCGGUCUACGACCUCUUCGAGGGCGACGCGCCGUCCUACGACUACCAGAACACGUACGCCACGGACAUCUGGACGUCCGCGGCGACGUCCGCCGUCGCCGCGGCGCACGAGGCGGCGAAGGGCCUCUUGCUGUAUCUAGCGUACAACGCGAUCCACACGGCGAUCACGCUCCCGAAGAACUUCGAGGAGGACGACGAGUACAAGGCGCUCGUGGCGCCCCUCGACGCCGGCGACUACACGGAGCAGCGCCAGCUCGCCGCGGGCGCCCUGCUCGUCGUCGACCGGUCCCUCGAGACGCUCUUCCAAACGCUCGACGCCGCGGGCAUGACCGACGACACGCUCCUCUUCUUCGGGAGCGACAACGGCGGGCUCACGGGCUUCGGCGGGUCCAACUACCCCCUGCGCGGCGAGAAGCUCACGCUCUUCGAGGGCGGCGUCCGGGUGCCCGCGUUCUUCUGGGCCGGCGCGUCGUUCCCGCGCUUCCGCGCGACGGCCGGCGCGGCCUACGGCGGCAUCGUCCACGUCUCCGACGUCGCGCCGACGCUCUUCGGCGCGGCCUUUGGGGGCUACGACGCCGUGAGCGGCUUAGAUCUCUCCGGCGCCGUGCUCGCGGGCGACGAAGACGCGAAAACGCGCGAGCGGCUCGUCUACGCGGCGACGGUCGCGGACUUUAGCGAGGACGCGUCCUGGGACUCGGCGGGCACGUCCGUCGUCGCCGCCUACCGCGACGGCCGCUACAAGCUGCUCACGAACGCGCCCUGGUGCGACGCGGCGACGACGGACGCCAUGUGCCAGUGCGCGUGCGACGGCCAGCGGACCUACGUCUUCGACCUCGAGGCGGACCCGACGGAGACGACGAACCUCGUCGACGCCGAGCCGGAGCUCGCCGCGACGCUCGUGGCCGGCCUGGCGGCGGCGCUCGACGAGUUGCGGCCCCGGGCCGCGCCCGCGGAUUCGAUGGACGAGGACGGGUGCCUCGCGGGCAUGACGGCCAACGCGGUCGCCUCGGGCCAGUCGAGCCUCUUCCUCGCGCCCUGGGCCGAGUCCGCCGCCUUCGCGGAGACGUCCGGGCUCCUCGAGCUGGACCUCGACAGCGCGGGCUACCUCACGCCGGAAAUCGCCGCGGCGAGCGACGUCGGCGACCUGUGCGACCACUUCAGCCUCCUCUUCGGCAAGUAA